GUCCCCGCCCAGAGUGGUGCCAGGGCGCGUUCCGUUCCAGGGGACCCUCGCUCGCACCGGCUGUGUGUGCGCUGUGCCACUGUAAUUGUGCUGGAUGCGCGCCAACGGGGGGGCCUUGCUGCGUGCCGGUGCGUGCUCCCAGUGGCCGCUGUGGGUGCUGCAUGGCUGCCAGCCUGGCAAACCGUGCGCGCGCUGGCUUUGCUGGUCCCCUGCCUCGUUUGCACGAUACUUGUUCUCGCCAUUCCCACAUCACGAGCUGACUUCAUCCUUUUUUUUCUCUCGUCCUCCCAUUCACCAUCCUCUUCUUCCCCCCCUUUUUCUUUUUCGGAGAUAUUCCUUCACCGACAUCGAGUCUUCGCUCUCACUUCCGCCCAGCCUCUCACCACAAACAACAAGAGACACGCAACUGCCCAGUUUCUACAGCAAUCUCGCUAAACCUGCGACAUUCGUAAACCCCCUUUCUUCAACCAUCUGACCGCUCCCCUUCUGCAGCUCGGCAUCAAGCGACCAAGCAGAAAAAAAAGAAAACAAAGGUCAACUGUACGAAAACGAGAAAUACAACAAAACAGCACCUCACAAUGCGUUUCAUCUCGACAAUUGCCCUCGCCAUGGCUGCCACCGCCAUGGCCAGCGCUCCUCCCAACCCCGAAGAGCGAUCCAAGUCCAUCCGCACAGGUACUGCCUGCUUCACCACAACCACCACGAUGGGCCAGAGCUGCGGCCCAGGAACAAACGCCCAGGGCAAGCCUGCGCAGGUCUGCACCCAAGUCCCUCAGGCGUCGGCAGGCUGCUUGCCGCACUGGCUCUGCAACCAAGACUCCGGCGAGGCCGUCUGCAUGAAGAAGCACGAUAGCCUCGACCUCGGUGGCAUCAUUGUCGCCCACAAGCGCGCUGCUGCCAAGGCUGAGGCCGUUGCCCUUGCUAGAGCCGCUACUAAGAAGAAGCGUGCUGAGGAGAUGCGCGCUCCCCUCAUGUCCCAGCCCGAAGGUGCCAGCAACCCCUUCCAGGACCAGCAGCAGCAGCCCCAGCACAGCGAAUACCAGCCCCAACACGACUACUCGCACCCUGCCGGCUACCAGCAACCCUCGCAUCAGGACCAGACUCAGCAGAACCCCCAUCCUUACGGCUCAUAGAUUGACCCUAAGCUGAAACGCGUUGUUCCGCGCCUCGAGGCAAUGGCUGCCGCUACGGACCGAAGCAUAAACCGCCGCAGCUGGUCGAGCAUCUUCAGUCCAACGCCAAGAUGGCUCAGUCCGGCAGCAACAGUGGCAGCAGUAACAUACACCGACGAGGCAACAGUGGAUCUAGAAAGUGGAAGACGCCAACCAUAGGGCUAUAGACCCGAGGAAAAGUGGAAAAAAGAGGAAGAAGAAUGGUUGGAUGUAUACCCGAUACCUCAUAGGAGCUGCUGUGCUUUUUAAACAACAGCUCCUCCAGCGUUUGUUGCUGUAUUUCUUCAUUGUUUUAAAUCAUCAUUAUCUUUAUUUUCUAUCUCCUCUUGUAAGCAGCACAUUGUCAUAUGGCUUUUUGGCUUAGCAAAAGGGAAAGAUUUCACCACAACAUUGCAAGACUAGCGAAAUACAUAUCUGAAUUCACAUCUACAUCAUCCCGUGUAUCGUUACAGAAAGCUAUUUUGUUCCAAGUGUGAAGAAAAAAAAGUGUAAUAUAUUGUAUUGUCAAAGAUUUCCUCGCUUCGCAACCAAGGAAUAUGUUCUCUACAGCACAAACAAGUGACGAACAAGAUGGGGAGACAAGAAAAAGUAGAAUCAAAAGAAAAUAGAACGCUGCUCUCCUUGUUCUGGAUUCGUCCCAACAAGCCCAAAACACGCAUACCAGUCAGCAUAGCCAAGCAAAGCUACACUUGUCGUCAUGUUGUCAGUCACGCCUUGCUCUCCUCCUCGCUAGAAGAAGAGCCUUCUGUUGCGGUAGUUGACUGCCAGCCCUCGCCGGUAUUCGUAACUCCUAGACGCUCAAGCAGAGUCUUUCUUCGCACAGGGCUGCCACUGCUACCGGCGGUGCUGCUGCUCUUGCUACUCGACUGUGCCUCGACUGUGUCUGGUAACUCGCCAGCUGUGGCUGCUACGUCGCUCCGAGGGACGUCCUACAGGCCUCGCAUCGAUGUGUAGCCGGUCAGCGGGCUGCCAAUCUCGCCGGGAGCACCAACAGCGCGGUGCUGGGGCGGCGAGUCGCCAAUGUCGGGGACCCAGCGGAUCAGGCGGUUUGCAUCGCCUCCUCGGCGGACGUCAAAGGUCCCGCCGCCAUUGGAGCUGUUGCCUUCGGUGUCGCAGAGAUCAAGCAGGUCCUGCUCUGUAAUAUUGGGGUCGCCAGACUGCGCGUCAAUAAGUGACUUGACCAAUCCCAGAGAAAUGUACCCGUUGCCGUCAGACUUGCCCGCGUGUACAAUGUCUUUGCAUCCUUGCGCAAGCAUCAGGCGCAGCGCAACAUGUCGCGGCUGCGACGCAGCUCGCAUCGGAUUGAUAGCAGAUGCACCGGGGGCAACGCCAAAGCCGCCAGGAGCCAUGCCGGGAGGAGCUCCCCAUCCACCGUUGCCAAAGCCGGGAGGCGCAAAGGUUUGAGAAGUCGCAGAGCUUGGGCCCCAAAGGUUGUGGCCACCCAUGGGGAAACCAUUGUCCACAAAGGGGCUUGUUCCAAACACGUUGCGGUGAGUGAUGGGAGGUCCUCGCAUAUUGGAGGCGUGCAUGUCGUGGCCAAAGGGUUCGUCGUCGUCCACAAGGGCACUGCUGCCCAGGUGCUUGGUCUCGGAAUCGUCGUCGCGGCGUGUCGCAUGCGAAAGGCUACCGGGUCGUCCGAUGGGUGCUGGUCGUCCUAUGGGCAGCGCAGAGCCAGGAGCAUCAAAGGACCCCGAUCCUUGGCGUGAAUGUCCAGGUGGGGGACCCUCUUUACCAAUUGGGAACGAUUGGCCCAUGCCAAAUUGGUCAAACCCGGGUGGUGCCAUCGCCGAUGAAGGCAUGCGGUUGCCGACAGGGCUGAUACCAGGAGGUCCCAUUAUGGUUGACGGGCUCGGGCGGAAUCCAACUGGGUAGAUAGGAUCCUGCGACAAGCGCGUUGGGAAACCUCCAGAGGUGUGCUGUACUAGGCCAGGUGGCGACUGCAAGCCCAGCGGCGGCAGAGGAUAUGAGCCUUGGACGCUGGGGAAGCCGGGCGGUGAUACAGAGUGUGGUAUCGCUGAGGACAUGCCAAAGCUUGGCUUCCUCUCCUGCCCAAUGUUGCCAGGGCUGAUCUGAGCUGGUGUGGCCGAGCUUGGUGACGGAUUCGGGCUUGUCCCAGAGUGAGAUGUGACGGAGCCUGCUCGUCCUUGUUCCUGCUGUUGGGAAGCAGCUCGAGGUCGAACGGGUGUCGGGGCUUUCGGGAGCACGGGUGUCGCAAUCGGAAUCUUUGGUGAGCCAUAGUUGAUGGGCAUUGGCGGAUACGGAGGCAUAGCAGGUGGGAUCGCAACCGAGGGACGCUGUGAAGCUGGCAGGUGAGGUGUUGAUACUGCACGCUGCUGCUGAUGUGUUCCCUUCUCCUCUCGCGCCCUGGCCUUGGCGUCGGCAGCCUCUUGGGCAUCACGUUGGGCCUUUGCAGCGCGGGCUUCCUUAUCUCGCUUGUCGCGGUCCUGCUUGUCCUUUCGCUCCUGUGCCUCACGCUCCUUUUGUUCACGGGCUUCCUUAUCUCUGAGCUUCUGCUCUUCCUUGAGCUUCUUCUCUCGUUCCUUGGCGUCGCGGGCCUUGCGCUCUUGCUCAGCCUGUUUCUCUUUUUGCUCGUGAAUUCGGCGCUGGCGUUCGGCUUCUUUGGCUAGGCGUGCGUCUUCUUCGGCUUUACGUUGGGCUUCUUUUUGCUUGCGUUUCUCAUCGGCUUUCUGUUUCUGUUCAGCGACACGCUUCUGCUCAGCAGCUAAUCGGGCAUCUUCUUCGGCAGCCUUUUCAGCAUCCUUUUUAGCCUUCUCCUCGGCCAAAGCUUGCUUGCGCUGUGCAGCCUUGUCUUUCUUCUUUUGGGCGUUCUUCGCCUUUUUGGCCUUCUGCUCGUCCACUUGCCUGCUCUCCUCCUCAAGCUCUUCGAGAAGCUUCUGCUGCCGCUCCUUGGCUACCUUUUCCUUGUAAGCGGAGAGGACUCGUUGUUCGAACAUUCGGGCGGCAAAUAUUUGGAACAUGCGUCGGCCUUCUUCCAUUCGUUGUUCUUCUGUCAUUUGAUCCUGGCAACAGCACUCAGUAUGGUAUCUUGACGGCAUUACAGAGGGGUUGGAGUAUACCUCUUCAUCAUCGUACUCCUCUUCCUGACUAUCUUCGUAGUCGUCCUCCUCAUCCUCUUCCUCGUCAUAUUCGUCCUCUUCUGGCGGAGGGUGAUUAUGAGGGGCAGGGUAUGAGCCGUUGGGAUGACCGUACCCCCGAGCAAAGUGCUCUCUGGCGUCUUCUUCUCGCGCCAUUCGACGCUCGGCGAGCUGCUCCAUCAUUUCGAUGAAGCGCUUGCCGUCGUUUUUGAGAAGGUCAUCCGCUACGGUGAGAAUGCCGCCUAAGUCCAUGUUACCAUAUCUGUGCAGUAGAGAUUCUAGGAGCUGCGUACCCUUGACUUGCAAACUGUUGCCAAACGUCAGAAAGUCGGCCACGUCCCUAUCGUGCGGGUUGUGGAACGCUUCUGGUGGUUCGUCGUCGCUAAACUCUUCGUCGUCCAUGUCGGCUUCACUAUACACUUCCUCAACUUCUUCCUCAUCAUCUUCGCCCACCUGUUCCACUAUUCGUCCCCUUACUGGCGGUUGAUCGACGUAUCCCGGCCGCAAGCCUCUGGGAGGCCGCAUGGGAAAGUCGCGUGGUGGACCUAGCAGAGGAGGACCAUCGCUUUGGUUAGCAAACUGCUCCAGCUCCAGGUAGUAGGCGUCGUAUAGCCCCUCGAGCUCUUCCUCGAUGGCGGUACGUUUGCGUCCGCAUACGGUGCAGCUACACGUGUGCUUUUGCUGCUCCUUCAUCUUACGUAGGACAGCAUCCUUUUCAACCUUGACAAGGGAUUUGCGCUCGUCUUCACCGAGUCCGAGCCAGAACUCCUUAAUGCGUUCUCGCUCUUCAUGGUUGCUCGUGCUCCAAAUCUUGUCUCGAGACAUGCCGGAGCCUCGCGUGACCUCGGCGCUUGUUUCCGGGUUUGGUGAGUCGUCCACAGACUGGGCUGUUUGUGCAUCGGCCGCUGACUUUUUCUUCUUUUUCUUAUUCUUUUUUGAUUUGGAACUUGACGCAGGGUCGCCGUUGGCAGCGCUGGCGGACUGAUUCUUGUCCAAGUUGUCGACCGCGGCGGGGUUGGGGCGCGCAGCAACAGCUGGCUGGGACGGAGGGGGGAUGACAGCAUGAGAGGUGCCAUUUUGCUCCGAGUCUAGCGCAGCGGCUUUAGCGGCGGCCUUUUGCCUUCGUUUCUGCUUCUUGCGGUUCACGGGUCUGUCCUCGGCGUCGUGGUCGUGGUCAUUUGAGAGUGGUGGGGCGAUAUUUGCGGUUGGGGUCGGCGGGAGCGAGGAGUCGGGAGAGAAGCCUUUGGGGACGGUGAUGAACUUGGAGCCGUCCUUAUUUGUGUAUUUCGAGGUACUCCUGGGCGAUGCCGGUGUUGGAGAGGCCGGCUUCUGGUUGCUGGCGGGCAUCGUCGGAUUUACGGCGUAGGAGGCAAGGAAAUCAUGAAGGGAGAUUGGAGGCUGUGCGAGGAGAGGGCGGAAGGGGGGU